GUCAAUUUAUAUUGACACAUUUUAUAUUGUUAGGGUUUACCGAAGGGUUUACACUCCAUUUGUUUGAAUGUCAUUUUUAUUUAUUAGAUUCUUUACAAAACUAAAUAUGGAAGAAAAUAAAGAAUAUGAAGCUCAUCGGUCUCCUCAAAAAAAGAAAAUUAAGCGUUAUUGCGCGUUCAGUUUAGAGUGGGAAGAUAUGUUUGAACAUGUUAAAAAGGUAGACUCUGAACAUGGGAAGUGCAUACUCUGUAAUGUCAAUCUUAUAGUAAAACUUGAGGGAAAAAGAGCGAUUGAAAAUCAUUGCAAUAGUCAAAAACAUAAGAAUAAUGUGCGUGGUCUCCAAUCAAGUAAGUUAUUGAGUACAUUUUUUGUAACAAAAUUUCUAAGGAAGAAGAUGAGCUUUCUCUUAUUGAAAUGGUAAGUACAUACCAUUGUUAGACAUUAAAUAAGCUACAAUACCCAGGAAUGUCACAAU